AUGGGCGAAUCCUCCCUGGGAGCUGAAAAUGCCAUAGAGGAAGCCGCGAGCAUCACAAUAUUUGUACCCUACUAUCGAAAUGCAACGUGGUUCCCAAAACUCCUGUUGCUGCUAGAAGAUGACCCGAUGACCGUUGAAAACAUGAACAACAAGUUCCUGAACGAGGGCAAGGGCAAAGCACCAUGGG